GUUACACGUUGUUAAACCCUUGGAAGUGCGUUGAAGGCUGGAUUUUGUGAAGGGUGGUGGACUUCGGUUGAAAUUCGAUUAUCAGAAAAUGAGAUCCCAUUGCUCCCACAGAAAAGUUUGACAAGUUGAAGUUGGCGUGAACUUGAUCCAGCAUGAAAGUUGAACCAAGGCCAAGGCUUCCUGAGGGAGUCAAAAGCUACGAUCAGCACGGAUUUGCUGUCUUCUGCGAAGACACUUUCUGUGACUCAGAAAGACAUCAUCCGGAAGAAAAGAUAAACACUUUGGUCAACAGUCCAGCACACAUUGAAGCAUGGCAAAGUGUGUUAUCAGACUGGUCUUGGACUCAGAUAAACGGUAGCAGUCGGCUAAGAUCACUCAUCAGAAAGGGUGUUCCCCCGUCAAUGAGACAGGAACUGUGGCUGAACUUACUGGCUUGUAGGAACCUGAAAGAGACGUCAAAGUUCAGCUAUCAGAAAAGUGUGAGGUUGAUACGCCAAGAGCUUGUCGACUUAGGAAUCAGUGAGUAUUGCCUAAAGGAGGGGCUUCUGGAAAUGUCUGGGGCCUCGGACACGCAACAGAAUCAUGUCGUCCCACCGCAAGUCAUUCGCCAAAUUACUGUGGAUGUCGACCGUUCGUUUCCCUCACAUCGAUUGUUCAUCGAUGGUUCUCUAGAGGCUAAAGAAGGUCGAGCUUCGUUGUUCCGUCUUCUUGCUGUGUACGCUCUCUAUAAUCCACAAGUUGGUUACUGCCAAGGGAUGUCAUACAUUGCCGGCAUGCUUCUGAUGCAGAUGUCGAACGAGGAAGAGGCAUUCUGGGCGUUGGUGGCGCUGUUUGAGAAGCCAAAAUAUCUGUCGGGAUACUUUGACCAGUCUCUUUUAAGGAUUCAACAGCAUGCAGCCGUCUUCCAGAAAUUGAUCACCAACAGACUACCCAAGUUUGCCAGACAUUUGGCAUCGAUGGAGCUUCACCUCUUAACCUUCGUCACGCCCUGGUUCAUGUGUCUCUAUACAUCGUUCCCGUGCUGGGAUACUGUACUGACGAUAUGGGAUCUUAUCUUACUGGAUGGUAUUAGUACGAUAUUCCGUGUCGCCUUGGCUGUCCUACGAGUGAGCCAAGACGAACUUCUUCAAACUUCCGACAUGUCACGCAUCCUUCCAAAGCUUCUUCAUCCACCGCCAGAACUCGUUAGUGCUGAGACGUUGCUGCCAGUGAUUUGGAAAAUGACUGUAGACAAAUGGGAGAUUGAUGCUCUACAAGCAAUAGUUGCUGAGGAAUUUGAUUCUAAACCAGGGCGCAAAAGACGGCGGCAUUUGGAAUCGGAGUCUGACGAUUCUGAGCAAGCAGGAAAACGCCCUCGUGGGGAAGAUAAAAGUGAAGAGACCACGAUGUUCCAGAGAGUUCUUGGUCUCUUCCGAUCCUCAAGCUCUCGGCAGACUCAACCUUCCAAGAUGUCUCACGCAUCUCGAACCAGAGCGUCAAACCGAGCCAAUCAGACGAGACGGAGGACGCCGGGAAUGGCCAAGGCAAGCACCCAGCCAUGGAGUAUGGCACCAAGUAUCGCAAAACCUUUCUCAAUACAGGAUAACUCAUCAGAGGUACCGUUUGUCCUCGGCAAGGCACCAGACUGGAAAACGUGCACUGAGUUUAGUUUUGCACCCAAUGUCGUUAAGGAUAAAUCUGCUCCCUUAACCAAGGGUGUGCUGCUGAUGAAGAGUAAGGCGCCAGACCAGAAAAUCAGCACAGAGUUAAGUCUUGCACCCAAUGCUCUCGCCGGUAAAGCUGCAUUACAAAACAAGAAGGUGACAUCAUCGAAAGCUAAGGUGCCAGGCUCUGUGAGGUGGACCAGGUUUGAGGAGUCGGUGACCUCUUGUUCGUCGCCGUGGAGGGAGGGACUCCGUGCCCUGACCAUGACUCUCCCAGUGCAUGAUGGGAUAAUAUUAAGCUCCGAAGACACUACGAGUACCGAGCUGUCGUACAGCAAGAAGGAAAACAGUCUCAGUAAACCUACCUCCGGCCUGGUAGGGGAAGUCGAGACUUCAAUUAGGAGCCACCAUGAAAUCACCAAUGGAUCUUCAGAGCCGGGAACCAAACCUGAGCUUCAGGCGGGGGACGAGGAGAGAAUAUCUCCCUGUAUUAUUGCUGCAGAGGAGAGUUUGAAUCCGUUUACAACUUCCCUUCAAAAGUCAUCUCAAAGACGCUCCUCAAAUAAGGCCCUUAGAUUUAGUCCCCGGUUUUCUGAGGAACGAGGGAAGCUCACCAGCCGAGAAAACAUCCGCUCACUCAACACGCCAAGUGGACGACGGUUCCUCAGCAAGUCAGCCAAAGUGAUGCAUUCAUUCAAGACAUUCCACACUCCAACACCACUCAGAAAGUCCCAGGGAUGUGGACGUCACUCAUGUUCAGACUAUGCCAGCCCUGAUCUGGAGGUUGAGCUUCAACCGAUGAAACUCGCAGCACGCUUGAAAAAAGACUACUAGAAAUAGAGGGCGCCCUUCACCUGUCUAAUCAUGCUGAUCUGUAAAUUCGUGCACAUUUUUAUAUUUCUUUUGCAAAUUGCUGAAGAGUCAUUGCAGCUAUUAUGUCCUGUACAAAUAAUGUUGUUUAAAGUUUUGUUUAAAGACACUGGACAAUAUUGGUUAUUGUCAAAGACCA